AUGUGUCAAGUGGGGGGGCCAAUCCUGGAACCACCCAGGGGUGGCAUCGUGUACUCCAAUGCUGUGACCACGGUGUCCCCCUCAUACGCCAAGGAGAUACUCACAGGGGGCGCCGCGGGCUGGCUGCGCGGCACCCUGUCUAAGCCCGAGAUCACCUCCAAGAUCAGGGGCGUCCUAAACGGCAUCGACAUAGCAGACUGGGACCCCGCGUCAGACCCGAAGCUGGCGGCCAACUUCAGCGCGGACCACCCCCAGGGCAAGGCCCUCUGUAAACGCUUCCUGCAGAGGGGCCUGGGCCUGGCUGAGGACCCCUCAAAGCCGCUGGUGGCCGUCAUCACGCGCCUCGUGCCUCAGAAGGGCAUCCACCUCAUCCGCGCCGCCCUGUUCAGCGGGCUGCUUGGCUAA